GUCGCAAAGACAGUUUCGUAGCCCAAAGGUACCAAGAUGUCGGAGGCUUCCUUGGGAAGUACAAGCCCAGUUGGCUCUUUGUCAUCGGAAGAUCACGAUUUUGACCCAACGGCAGACAUGCUGGUGCACGAUUAUGAUGACGAGCGUACUUUAGAGGAGGAAGAGAUGAGAGAAGGAGUGUCGAGUGGGAGCUGCGAAAUCGCUGAUUUGGAGAAGGAGGGGAACAUGCCAUUAGAGGAACUGCUGGCGCUGUACAGAUAUGAAGCUGCAGACGGUGCAGUCAGUUGCUCGAGUGCAGACAGUUCGUCUGUAGAGCAGACGGAUGAGCUGCCUGACAUGACGUUGGAUAAAGAGGAGAUCGCUAAAGAUCUGCUGUCUGGAGAUGAUGAAGAGACUCAGUCUUCUGCUGACGACCUCACACCGUCUGUGACGUCGCACGAAACCAACGAUUUCUUCCCCAGAACUCUUCGAUCUAAAGCUGUUUACGAUGGAGACAAAGAAUCAGAGGGAGAGGAUGACGGUUUAAGUCCUGAAGACUCUCGAAAGGAAAUCAUGGUGGGGUCUGACUACCAAGCAGAAAUCCCUGCGCUUGCCUGUUAUAAUGACCAUGAGAACGUGUAUGAGGAGGAAGAUCAGCUACUGUGGCAGCCAGACAUGUUGCCAGAGUCUAAAGUCAAACGCUUCUUGCAAGACGCUGCACUAAAUGUGGACGGAAAGAUGGAGUCAGAUAGACAGUGUUCUCUAGUCAAAGACAAUGAGCAGGCCUUAUACGAGCUCUUGAAAUGUAACUACAAUGUCCGGGAAGCUCUUGAACGGUGUCGCAGAGGUGAAGAAUCUUCAAAAGAUGAGAUGCUCCCGUGGUCUGAAGACGAAUGUCGAAAUUUUGAGCACGCUCUUCUUUUGUAUGAGAAGAACUUCCACCUCAUCCAGAAACACAAAGUCAACACGAGGACGGUGGCCGAAUGUGUUGCGUUUUAUUACAUGUGGAAGAAGUCGGAACGAUUUGACUUUUUCGUCCAGCAAAACCGAUUUGGAAAAAAGAAGUUCAGCAGUUACCCUGGUGUUACGGAUCUAAUGGACCGGUUAGUGGAUGAGGCUGAGGGUUUGGUCGAUGGAUCUGCAUCGGUGUGUUCCAGCAGUAGCGGCAGGAUAGAACCUCCGACCGAACAACAACUCAACAUUCUCAACUCAAUCACAGCCAGUGACCUCUCCACAUUGACGAGCACUGUGGCAUCGGUGUGUAACCCAGCAGAUGCGAGCUGUCUGGACUCCUAUAACUUCUCUCCCCUCGAUGGAGUGCACCGCGGCCCACUGAGCCACGAGGAACCCCUCAACUAUUCUAGCAACAGAGACGGCGACUGUCUCAACCUGCUCGAAACUGGCUUCUAUCACUCGGACCUCGGCCAGAUCAACGUGUGCGGUGAGGACUGCGAACGGCCCCCAGCCAAACGGCUCAAGAUGGGUCUGUCAGAACCGUUCAUAAGCGACGUGUCGGUCGGCAACAGAAACAUGGCCGUGGAUUUCGAUAGCCACACGCACCACAUCACAAGUGCCAAAAUGGCUGUUUCGGUGACUGACUUUGGUGGCUUAUCGGCCAGCGAGGCCGGCAGCUACAUGGCCGCACACGCACUACAUCAGCACACGGCGUUGCAGUCCGAUUAAAUAAAAGUAGCGCCUCCAAACGGGACUUCCUGCAAUCAAACGUGUACAUAGCUGCUUACUGAAAAGUCUGUUUUUGUUUUACGAUUGUAUAUGCGUGUGUGUGUAUAUAUAUAUAUAUGUGUACAGAUUUCUUUAUGGAUUCUUUUUUUAACUAUGACAUCAGUGAUGUCUAAUUGUUCAGACUUAAAUCUUGAUUUCUCAAGAGGUAAUACAGCCAUUCAUUUCCAGUCUUGAAAUUUUGGAAGUGUCAUAACGUGUCAACGUCCGGAUACUGUGGAAAACUUGUGAUGGGAGUUGUUGCACAAACUGAUGUAUCUCACACCUUCGGGCCGACGGCAAGGGUUUUUUAGCCACGAUGAUUGGCCGUACAUUCAGCCUCUCAUCUGUGGUACUUAUCAGUGUUUACAGGUGUUUGUUCCUGGGCCUCGGCGCAUGUAGCGGUUAAUGCGGGGCUUUAGGCAUCUACCGUAUGAACAUCAUUUACUCUAAUACCACUUUUGAUCGAGCCAUUUUUUGCACCAUGAAGAAGCAGCUCCUAUUAUUUUUACGAUUAAUAGUCGUUGGACAUCAUGACCCUAGAAAUGUUAAAGUUCACCAAAAUAUAUUCCAGUUGGUUCUGCAGUAAAUGGGAGAUUUUGUGCUAUUGCAUAAGAAGACUGCAAACAAACCAAUGAACAGUUUAAAGCAAUUUGUGGAACAUUACGGUGUUUAUUGGAAACAUGUAUAAAUAAAGGCUCUUAAAGGAAUAUUCCGGGUUCAAUACAAGUGAAGCUCAGACGUCAGCAUUUGAUUCGCCAUAAUGUUGAUUACCACCAAAAAUCGUCCCUCCUCUUCUUUAAAAAAUCAAGGCACUUACAAUGGAAGUGAAUGGGGCCAAUCCAUGAACGUGGCUAUACAUAUGAAACAGAGUAUUUUAACAAGGCGUAAACAAUAUGUUUGUUUGCAUGAUUUUAGUGAGAUAAAAUCGAUUGCUAACCUUUUUGUGUAAGGUUAUAUUAAAUUUUACAACUUUGUUGCAAUGGUGUCAUACUAAACCCUAAAACGACCCAAUUAAUAAGUGUGAUUUACAAGAAGAAUUAAUGCUAGUGCUUCACAUUUCUGCCUUUUUAAACCCUCCAAAAAUUGGCGCCAUAAGUGCCUCACUGGAAUCUCCAUUUUUCUGUUUUUAAACAAAAGGAUGAACGAAGGGUCUGGGUAGAUCAGUGGUAAAAGAUGCUGGCUACCACCCCUGGAGUUCCCAGGGUGUGCUGAGUGACUCCAGCCAGGUUGCCUAAGCAACCAAAUUGGCCCGGUUGCUAGAGAGGGUAGAGUCACAUGGGGUAACCUCCUCGUGGUCGCUAUAAUGUGGUUCUCGCUCUCGGUGGGGCAUGUGGCGAGUUCUGCGUGGAUGCUGCGGAGAAUAGCGUGAGGCCUCCACAUGUGCUACAUCUCCGUGGCAACACGCUUAACAAGCCACGUGAUAAGAUGCGCGGAUUGACGGUCUCAGACGCUGAGGCAACUGAGAUUCGUCCUCCGCCACCCAGAUUGAGGCGAGUCACUACACCACCAUGAGGACUUGGAGCACAUUGGGAAUUGGGCAUCCCAAAUUGAGGAGAAAAAGGACAAACAAGUUGAUAUACAUUUUUGGGUGUUAAUCAACAUUAUGCCAAAAAUGCUGUCGAUUGAUUUUAACCUGUGUUGAACCCGACAAUUCCUUAAUUAUAAUAAUUAAUGAUUAUCUUUCAGCAUAAUCAGAGGUAUUAAAAAAACACUGCAACAAAAAUGUUAAUUUUUCUACUUUGCAUAUUUAUUAGAGUUCCUUAUAAUGUCCCUUUUGUAACUUUUGCUUUAUCGAAUAGUUGUUAGUUGGACGUUUUUAUUGCAAUGAAGACCAUUGGACUGCUGUGUGGUCUUUACAGAGCAUAUUCGAACUCUGUAAGGGUUUAUUUUUAUUUUUUAAUGGUUGUGAAAUGAUUGGCACAUGUCGUUUUUGAGUUUGUUUAUUUUUGAAUGUGUACAAGAUCAUUUGUUGGAUAUUUCAAGAUUGCAAACAGUUCAAAUAAAUUGCAGGGAUUUCUUAAAUCACGAUCGGGAACAGAAUUAUCCGCAGUUUUAAUGUCCGUUUCCUUCAGUAAACGAUUAUGCAAAGUUGUAAAUUAUUUCUGUUCAUCUGCCUUUUUUUCCAUUAUCUGCUUUCACUGCCUGGUUGUCCCGCAGCGGAUGGUUUUGUGGCAUCCCGAGCUUCGCUUUUAAAGUCGAGAAUAUCUAUGCAUUUGAACAGGCAACAGCGAUCGGAGUGCUUCUAUGAGCUAAAAUCACAAAGUACAUUAAAUGUUUGUCUGUGGACGAUGUGGAUUGGUUACACCAUGAUUAAAUGGAUCAUUUUUGCAAAGCGUGUGAACAUGCGCUCAUUUCCCCCCUCUCACGAGUAUGACUUUUCUUUCAGAGAACAUUUACGUACUCUCAAAUGGCAAUAAUUUGUAAAUAUGUACAAACACCUGACGACGUACCUUCCCGUGUGAUUUCUUCCUUGACAGACUUGAACUUUAAAAACUUAAAUUCUGUGUUUUUGAGUCUGUGUGCCACAAGAAUGCCUUGUUUAUUUACUAUUUGGCCGGUGUAUUUCUUUGUAAGAGAUUUGCUUAAGAAGAGAGUUAUUUAUUUAUUUAUUUAUCCACUCAACUGCAAGUGGGGCGUAGUGUGUAGCGUUCUGUACUCGAGCGAAAUAAAGUAGGAUGUGCCCUCUUUUAACACCAUUUCGGUCCAUUUCGGAGACCCGCUAGAGAAGGAUCAGCUGAAUGUACAGUAUUAUUGCAUCUUAGGGACUUCCUGAGCUCGUUCGAUGACAAGAAUGCUUUUCGGUUAUGUGCAGUGUUGCCUUAAUCCUCAUUCAAGAACGUGCAUGUUGAGUCUACCUGGAAAACACGUCCACUGACCAUGUGCGGUCUGUUUGGGGAGUUUUCCAGGAUGCUUGUGCUAUGUCUGUAAAAUUGUUUCCUUGUACCUGCAGCCAGAACUCCUCUUUCGUUUCUUUCCAUACUUGAAGGAUGUGUAUUUAUACGUUUAAAUAUAUUGAAUACAAUAUUCUCCAAUUCACUCCUGUAGGUUGUGCAAUUCAUUUCUCCUGUCCCUCCAAGGAUUGAAAAGAGUUUUAGGAAAUCGUGUUGGUCCAGUUUGUCCAAAGUUUGUAUAAAUAAGAGUUCUAGUUUAAAAUAUAGAAAUUGUAUCGUAGUAAUGGUCUUCGGCUUCCAGGGGGGAAAACUGUACAUUCGGGAACCUUCCCAUAGCUUCGGAAAGUUUUAUACUAUGGGUUUUAUUUGACUUUUAUGCUUCUGGGGGAGAAUAUCUUUGUGUAAUAAAAUAAUAGAGUUAAAUAGACAAUCAAACGGCAAUUAAUAUUCGAAAGGAAGUUUUAUCAUUCUUAAUGUUUGUACAUAGACACUGUUCUUGUUUUUAUUUUAUGUUGUAC